AAAUGUCCUCAAAACAUCUCCAGAUGUCCCCAAAAUAUCCCCAAAACAUCUCCAGAUGUCUCCAAAUGUCCUCAAAAUGUCCUGGAAAUGUCCCCAAAACAUCUCUAGAUGUUCCCAAAUAUCCCCAAUGUCCUCAAAUGUCCCGAAAUGUCCCCAGAACAUCUCCAGAUGUCCCCAAAUGUCCCCAAAACCUCUCCAGAUGUCCCCAGACGUCCCCAAAGCCCUCUGGGUGCCGUUUUUGUGUCGCAGAGCUGCUCUUCGGCCAGUCCCGCGCCCCUCCCCGCCAGGUCAACGCCGUCCUGGGCGGCUCCGUGCUGCUGGCGCCGGCGCUGCCGCCCAACCAGACGGUGAAGGAGAUCGAGUGGAGCUUCUCGGGCGGCUCCGGCGCCACCAUCCAGGUGGCCGAGGUGGGACCCGCGGGCUUCGAGCGGCCGGACCCGCGGGAUCGCUUCGGGAAGCGGCUGGAGGUGUUCAACCGCACGGCGCUGCGCAUCCGCCAGCUGCAGCGCGGCGACAGCGGCGUCUUCGGGGCCAGGAUCAAGAUGCAGCCGGCGCUGGUGGACGAUCAGUCCUUCAACCUGUCCGUCUAUGAGUCGGUGCCCAGCCCCCGGACGCGCAGCCGGCUCCUGGCCAGCACCCUGGAGUGGUGCAACCUCACCCUGCAGUGCCAGGGCAGCGGCAGCGGCGCCGUCAACGUCACCUGGAGACGCGACAGCGCGGCCGAGGGGGACCCCGGGGGUCGCCGGGUGUCGCCGGACGGCGCCGGGCGGCACCAGGUGUCACCCGACGGGACCACCCUGCGCGUGGCGCUGCCGCUGGCCGCCACCAACGUCACCUACGCCUGCACCGUCAGCAACCCCGCGGAUCAGAAGGUGGCCGUGUUCGACCUGCAGGAGCUGUGCCGGGGAGGAGGAGGCUCCUCAGCUUUCUCCACCUCCGGUUACGUGGUGCUGGCUCUGAUCCUCGUGGCCGUCGCCCUCGGCGGCGCCUUCUGGUGCUGGAGGGUGAACAGCGAGAAGGCGGCGGAGGCAGCGGCCGCGCCGCCGCCGGCCGAGGAGAGCCCCGGGGAGGCGCCGUACAGCGACAUCGUCUGCAGGAGCCCCCCCGAGGGCAACGACCAGGGUCCCAGCGCUCCCCCGGAACCCAGCGAAUCCCAAAAAACCGAAACGACCCCAAAAACGGAAACGACCCCAAAAACGGAAACAGCCACGAAAACGGAAACGACCCCAAAAACGGAAACAACCCCAAAAACCGAAACGGCCCCGAAAACAGAAAUGACCCCGAAAACGGAAACGACCCCAAAAACGGAAACGACCCCAAAAACGGAAAUGACCCCAAAAACGGAAAUGACCCCAAAAAGUUCCCCGGGGGGGGACGAGAAGGGUCAGAGACCCCCCGAGGACACGGCCGAGGAGGUGACAUAGGGCCACAGGGCCGGGAGCUCCUGGAAGGGCUGAGCAGCGUCUUGUGCCAAACCCCGACCCCAAAUCUGACCCCAAAAUCCCCGGAUUUCACCCCAAAUCCCUGCCUGAGACUGAUUUGGGGAGGGGGAUCCCAACCAGAGGUGCUGGGGGUGGGAUUUGGGGGG